UUGAUAAACAGAUCAUUAAGUUGCGCGAGGAAAUAAAAACAGCAAAACAGUCUUUAAACAGGAAGGUUCAAAACGCAGUUGUCCAGAAGAAACACAGGGAUGGGUAAUGUUGGUUGCCUACCUACCUGUGACAACAUCUGACAAGCAAAACAAACUAAAAGUCAGAGUAAGGUUAUGUUUAUGUUAUUACGAGCACGAGGGACUUGAGUCCGAUGUGUUGACUAAAGACUUUUAGGGUAAAGAAGUAAACCUGUACAGUUUGGUUAUCUAAAGACCAGUGAAUAAUUGGAACAUUAUGCUUAAAAGCUAUCUAACCCAACCGCCAUACCAGAAAUUCAUUAUUAUACAAGACACGCUAACAGAAAACGGAAAGCCCAUAUUCGACUACCUCCUACAACACAAUUUGGAACGUUUUGACAAUAAAAUCCACUAUUAUUUAGUGCAAGGCAAUGAGAAACACUGUCCACAAAACCCAAAGAUUACAGUACAUAAUUUGAAGAUUAACUCGCAAAACUGGGACACUGACAACAGAAUAAAUAUUACCCAGAUAGCUGAAGGUUUGCAGAAGAGAGACAUUAUUUUUGUAGACUCGUUAGCACACUGCAUAUUCCAGUACGGUUUGGCAGAAACUUACCGGCUUUUUAAUAUGCUGAAAAAUGAAAUUGGGGUUGCACAAAUUGUGGCACUGUUACAUCUGGAUUUAUUAGAUUCAAAAUGGAAAACUGUAGAACUUUUCAAUUUUCUGAGUACAUUAUCUAUGAAAGUUCAACCGAAAUUCUCAUCGGAGCAUGGUAGAAUACAAUACCAAUGCAAAAAAUCUGGUGGCAGAGUUGUGAAACAGAUAGAAGAAUAUUACUUCCAAAAUGGUAAGCUUGAAACAAAGAAAAUUGAGAAGCUCGAUCCAAAGAAACUUUUGGAAAAUGCAUCAAGGCCGGAGAUAAAUCCAGACGACUUAGCAACGUUUAAAAUAAGCCUGACUGAUAAAGAAGAAGAAUCCAGGAGUCAACUAGUUUUGCCUUAUUUACCUAAGGAUGAAAACAGUUCAACAGAAGGUGGCCAGAUUUUCUAUAAAUUUGAUGAGCAAGACGACUGGGAUGAAGAGGAUCCAGAUGAUGAUUUAGAUAUAUAAUUGUUAAGCGAUUAUUAUAUUGUUUGUUUUCCAGUUAUUCUAAAUAUAUUGAUUACCUUCAAUA